AGCCCUCCUCAUCUCUGGGCUUAGACAGCAGCAGUCAGUGCUCCUCUCUCUCCAUGCCUCCGAGCCUCAGUGACCGGUCGUCAUCUGCGGAAUUCUUUGAAAUGAAACCGCUAUAAUCUAACCUGUUUCUUUCUUUUCUUUUUGGUUCCACUAUUUUCUCACUUCGUAUCGAGGGCAGAGGAGAAGAAAACGCGCGAGAAACAAUUUCCACUUGCAAGUUUUCGUGUGUCUGUCGCACUGGAGGGGAGGAAGCGAUGGCAAUCCCGGUGAAAGCAGCGUUGGCUCUCCUGGUUCUCACUGUGGCAACUGCCUUGUGUGCGGAGGUGGAGGAGCGGCUGGUGAGUCACCUGUUGUCACCGGAGCGCUACAACAAGCUCAUCAGACCAGCUGUCAACAACAGCCAGCAGGUCACCAUUUACAUCCAGGUGUCUCUAGCCCAGCUGAUCAACGUGAAUGAGAGGGAGCAGAUCAUGACCACCAACUGUUGGCUCACCCAGGUAUGGAAUGACUACAGACUAAUGUGGGACCCUGAGGAGUACGAGGGAAUCAAGAAAAUCCGCCUCCCGUCACAACACAUCUGGCUGCCGGACAUCGUCCUCUACAACAAUGCUGAUGGGACCUAUGAAGUCUCUUUCUACUCCAAUGCAGUGGUCUCUAACAAUGGUGAGGUCGCCUGGCUUCCACCAGCUAUCUAUAAGUCGGCUUGCAAAAUCGAAGUCCGUGAUUUUCCCUUCGACCAGCAGAACUGCACUCUCAAGUUUCGCUCCUGGACCUAUGACCACACAGAGAUUGAUCUCAUUCUCCUCAGUGAUUUUGCCUCACGUGAUGACUUCAAACCCAGCGGCGAAUGGGAUAUUGUUUCACUGCCUGGACGCAAGAAUGAAGACCCUAAUGACAUCAGGUACCUUGAUAUCACCUAUGACUUUAUUAUCAAGAGAAAACCUUUGUUCUACACCAUCAACUUGAUCAUACCCUGCAUCCUGAUAACGUCCCUGGCCAUUCUGGUGUUCUACCUCCCAUCAGACUGUGGUGAGAAGAUGACUCUCUGUAUCUCUGUCCUUCUGGCCCUUACUGUGUUUUUACUCCUAAUAUCAAAGAUUGUACCACCAACGUCUUUAGCAGUGCCUCUGAUUGGAAAGUAUUUAAUGUUUACGAUGGUGCUGGUCACCUUCUCCAUCGUCACCAGCGUUUGCGUGCUCAACGUGCACCAUCGGUCUCCCAGUACGCACACCAUGCCUCCAUGGGUCAAGCGUGUUUUCUUGUACCGGCUACCUUCUUACCUCUUCAUGCGGAGACCUGGUAGCUCCAACAUCCGUGAGAGGUUCCGGAAAAAAUACCAGCAGCGAUCAUACUCAGACCAGAAACUGCGAGGAGCAGAUGGGGGGACUGGAAGCCCCACAGGAAUGGCAGAUUCCUCCUCAUCCUUCUUUGUCAAUGAGGAGUCGGCCAAACGCUAUGGCUGGAAGAUCAGCGACUUGUCAGAAAACACAGAGUUCAGAAAGAGGAUGACGCUCAAGUGCAACAUUGACGUGGAGGAUGCGGUGGAUGGAGUGCGCUACAUCGCUGAGAAGAUGAAGAGUGAGGAUGAUGACGAAGGGAUUAUUGAAGAUUGGAAGUACGUGGCCAUGGUGAUUGACCGUCUCUUCCUGUGGAUCUUUGUUUGUGUGUGUGUGGUUGGGACGGUUGGCCUCUUCAUGCAGCCCCUGUUCCAGAGUUACAACACCCCCAUUAUCGAUGACAUGGACCAUAACUGAAACCUGAAACCUGAACUUUAAUCUCAACCUGACCCAGACAUGAAUUUUGAGUCCCCAUCCCCCAGAAAAAGAGCUCAGAUAACAUUUUAACACAUAAACUCACACGUCCGCCUCACAAGGCACUCUCACUGGGAAAUGAUUAUGAUGCACUUUAUCCCUCUACCACCACCUGCUCCCAUCCAAACUUCCAUCCCUUGCCCUCUUCAUCAUAAUGACUCAUCUGUCAUUCACAGAGGAACCAGGAUCUAUUUAUUUCACUGAACUUAAAAGGUUAAUUCUGUUUUAUUACAACUUGGGUCAUAUUUUCAUGGUGUUGACUAUCAUUCAUUAAACAGGAAUGAUGAACAUUGUACUCUUAAUUGCUAUCUAGUUAUGUGACAUUUCUGGCUCCAGACCUUGUUUCUUAAUGUUAUUUUUUGCCCUCAUACAGGCAUGAAACAAGGGAAGGGAGAGAGAGGUGUGACAAUCGACAAAGUUUCCAGGGAGUGCUGCAGCUACAUUGUAUGUGCCCCACCCAUUGGGCCACAAAAAGAAACAACAAAAACAAGACCCGAGUUGUGAUAUACUAGAAUUAUCUUUUCAUUCAAAAUGUGAAAUGAGGGCACCUUUCAGCCAUGUUGCUGAUUGUUUCAUUUCUUCAAAUAUUGAAAUGUAGCAGUAUUUUAAGAGGAAAACCUUUACCCGAAAGUGUGCCGACCCAUAUCACUGUUCACAAAGGUUUUUCUGGCCAGCAGCAACUCAGGACUUAUUUAUUUAUUUAUUUUUGUUUCGAAUGGACUUUUGGGGUUUUGCUCUUUUCUCCCAUCCUAUCUCUCUCUCUCAAUCUCUAUCUCCAAAUGAAAUCCUAAAGGCCGUAACAGGACAUUAUGGGGGGCUAGCAUGCAUACAACAAGGCACUGUUUUUAGUUUUAAUUUCUAUCUUUUUUUAAUCAGAGAGGGACAGAGCCCAAAGAUGAACAAAGCCUCAGCAGAUAUGGGUCUCACUUUGACAAUACACCACCCAAGAAAAGAAGAUGAUUCCCUUCUGUGUAGAUACAUAGAAGAUGAUCAAGUCUUGUGUCCUUUAGCCAACAGCACGUGUGAAUUUCUAGUAUUUGCCUAGAGUGAGAGGGGACACAAAACAGAUACAAAACUGUUGGACUGUUUAAAUAAUAAUAGAGGAGUGUGUGUGUGAGGGGUUGCCCAGCCUGUUUUUUUUACCCUCAUACACACCUAACUGUGAGUCUGAUUUGACAGACUGAUCAAACCCAUGUCAAAGUGUUGUGAUAUCAAAAGCAGCUGUGUUUAAAAUGAAGGAGGAAGGGAUGUUACAGUAGUGCUACAAAAUACAAAACUUAAAACCAAUGACCAUAAGGCUGUUCACCAUGCUUCUUUUUAAAAAGGUACAGUACGCCAGUGUCAUCAAAGCAUUGCUCGUCAGCAUCCAUCACCACGGAAACCAGCAGCAAUAAUAUUGUACAGUAUUUUCUACACACUGAUCUGGAACAAAUUAGCCAAACAGUCUGGCUCUUCACUUGCUUUGUCUUCCAUCAUACUGUAUGCUUAAUUAUCGCAGCUUGUUCUGAGAAACGUUACUUGAAUCUGUGUCCAGUAAUAAUUUCUAAGAGGCGUUAUAACUUGUCACUGUCAUAACUCACUUGUCUGUCACUGUUACCAAUGUUAGCCAAGGAAAAGUUGUACUGUACUAAUCCAGCAGUGUUGAUUUCUUUCAUCUUUAUUUUUGUCAGUGGAUGGAAUUCAACAUAGUUUUUUCUUCCCACUGGCCAGUCAUGUUGCGUAACCUGUUGAGUUCUAGACACGUCUAGACAAUAAAUUGCAGAGAGUUACAAGAUGGGACUGUGAUGGGAUCCGAUGUCUUGGUAACUGGAUCAAUAAAGGGAAAUGAA